AACAGAAAAGUUCUAGCAGAAGACGUCGUCUGUGGUACAGGGACUUUGUAACCUGUGGUACCAACGAACGUGCGUUGCCAACUGCCGAUUUUAUGUUACAUAUGAAGUUGGCAAUGACGACAACGAAUUAGGUUCUUUUAGUCGAGUGCCUCGUGAAUAUGACGAAAGGUACGUCAAGUUUUGGUAAACGUCGCAAUAAGACUCAUACGCUGUGUCGGCGAUGUGGUCGCUCAUCUUACCAUAUCCAGAAAUCAAAAUGUGCGCAGUGUGGAUACCCCAGUCGUAAAUUAAGACACUAUAAUUGGAGCGUUAAGGCACAGCGCAGGAAGACAACCGGUACUGGUCGAGUACGUUUUCUGAAGAUAGUGAGGCGCCGAUUCAGGAAUGGAUUCCGUGAGGGUGGCAAACCAGCACCACGCAAAGUUGCUGGAUCAUAAACUGGAAUGCAUUUAUAACAUGAAUUUUGUUUGAUGUAUUGGUACAAAACAAGUUGGUAAAAUAAAAAAAAUCUGUACAACGAGA